AUGGCGGCCGCCGCAGCUUCACGUGAACUCUUCACUGAGGGAGUAAGAGCGGUUCUUCACACGUGGCCCGUUCUCCAGAUCGCGGUGGAUAACGGGUUCGGGGGCGUGUACGCGCAGCAGAAAGCGGAUUGGAUGGUGGAUGUUGUUCAACAGUAUUUCCAUGACAACGCUGACCUGCUGCAGUGUGAGGUUGAGGACUACAUUGCUGAACUGAUGAAUCAGGAGUUUGACACAGUUGUGGAUGAUGGGAGUUUACCUCAGGUGUCCAUCAGUCUGCUGCAGAUGUUCAGUCAGUGGCGGCAGGGGGCGCUAGAGCAGCUCCAACAAACCAUCAGCACUCUGACACAGAAGAAGAGUCAGAGGGCAAAGGUCACAGCUCCGCCCACACAGUCUGACGAAGAGAGCGAUUCUGAGACACAGGCGAUGGACUGUGACUCGUCCACAUCACACAACACUCGACCCCCCCCUCCCCCUCCUCAGGAAGAAGAAGACGGCUGGACGGUCGUCAGAAAGAAGUGAAGAAGAGGACGAAGAGCAGAAUGAACCUUUGACCUUUGACCACCAGGAAGACGUGGGAAACAGACUCCUCCUCCUUC